AUGGUCCGGGAGGGCUUCUCUGACGAGCGGACGCUUGAGCAGAGCCUAGAGGGAAACGUGGGGGACAAGCCAGAUGACUGUGGGGGCGUCCCAGGUGGAGGAAAGAAAUAUGGGGACCUCACCCACCGGCUGAAAGAGACAAGAGGAGCAGCAGCGACACCGCCCCUCACCCUGGAGGGUCCUGUACAAUCUCAUCAUGGGACUCCUGCCCUUACCCAGGGCCCGCGGGGCCCCGGAGAUGGAGCCCAAUUAGGUGCCUGCACCCGCCCGGUGGACGUCGGGGACUUGGGGGGCAGGACCCUCCCACCUCCUGAUGCCCUGGCCAGCGCGGGGGACUUUUUCUGCACCAUGUAGCAUACCGGACUACCAGCCCUGCCUGUCCCAGGGGCGGGCCAGGGCAGCCACUCCAGCCCCAGCCCCGGGCCUGGCCUGGGUGCGCUGACGGAGAUGUGGACUCCUGGGUCCCUGGCGGAGAAGCCAGG